AUGAACCCCAAUCACCAUAAUUCUUGGUCAAAUUAUAUACAAAAUAGUGUCAAUUCUUCUAAUAUUCCAAAUCUACAAAAUAGUGGCAAUUCUUCUCAUAUCUCAAAUCAACAAAACUCAUACUUUGGAAAUGCACCUUUUAACCCAAAUCCAACUUUUAACCCGAAUUUUCAAAAUUCUCCUUUUAUUCCAAAUCUACAAAUUAACCCACACUUUGGAAAUUAUCCAUAUCAAUUAACUAACCCCACUAUGCUUCAUGGGAUUCAAAUGAGUAGUAGUGGCAUGCAAUCAAAUGAUCAAGUGCCUGAAACACCACAGUUUUGCACUCAAGGUGGGUUGGAAACUAUUAACCUUGGUGAAGAAGUUGGAUCAACGGUUGUUAAGACGCCAAAAACAAGAUUCCAACCAAAGGAAGAUGAAGUUCUCAUUCAAUCAUGGCUCAAAAGUUCAAAGAAUGCAAUUAUUGGGAUUGAUCAAAAAGGAGAAAGUUUUUGGAAGAGGAUUGGUGAAGCUUAUAACAAGUAUCGCGACAAAAAGUAUCUAGAAAGAAUAAUUCUAAUAUUGAUUUUCAAGAGUUCAUGCGUAGAAGAUUUGAUGUUCGUGAUAAGCAAAUUCAUCGACAACUUCAACAAAACUUGA